UUACAGUCGUAUUCAAGUGAUGACGAAUCAGGGAAUGAAGCACCAAUGCAUAAGACCCGCAAAAAUGCUGAUCCAGGCACUAACUACGACGAAGUUGGAAUGGAUAUAAGUGAGUCGGUGGAGACUUCUGCGACUUUAGGGAACGUUGGUUGGUUGGAGCUCAACACCUGGUAGCUGGAAGACCCUCUAAACCUUGUAAAGAUGAGGUGUAAGCUCAAAUGUGAGCACAGCACCUCCCUACAGGACUCGGACGAUGAGCAGCCACACCAUAACCAGCAUAAGGAGAAAGGAAAUGUUAGACCGGCGAGCAGUUCAGCCCGGCCCCCAGGAGCGUCGCCACCCGGCUCAUCCCCCGGAGCAUCCCCACUCGCCACCAACAGUAGUGAUGGUCACAAGUAUCACAGUGAAGCCAAAGAGGGCCAAAGGUCCAGUCUUCAAGAACGCUUGUUGGGUUUAGCUAGUGGAGGAGCUCAGCGAUCAUCACAAGGAGAGGAUCGUGGUGCACCUAGAGAUAGAAGGGAAAGUCACACAAGUCCCUCUCAAGACAGGGAAGGUCACUCUCGCAGAAAAUCAAAGUCAAAAUCCCCAAACCUUAAAUCUCCCAAGGCAAAGUCUCCAAGGCCUCGCUCACCUGCUGGAGGCAACAAAUCUUGUCAUAAGACCAGAUCAAGAUCAAAGUCACGGGAGAGAGAGGGGCGCCCAAGCCAGCAAGGUCGGGAUCACUCUAGCAGGAGUCAUGCAGGGCGAGAUCAAGUUAGUCAAGGACAUUCUGGACGUGGUAGAGAGAACAGAGAUGCACGUAGAAGUAGGGAUGACGACCGCAAACGAAGAGAUGACGAAAGGCGGAGCAGAAGAUCACGAUCUCGAUCAAGAUCCAGAGAGAGACGGAGGUCACGGUCCAGGUCCAGAGACCGCAGAUCAAGAUCAAGGUCACGAGACAGACGUCGUCGUAGUCGCAGCCGUGAAAGAAAGAGACCCAUGGACAUCAGGAAAGAGGCCCAACAGAAACUUGCAGCACUGAAAGCAGCCAACCCUGACCUUACUGCAGCUGAGCUCUUAAAACGCAGCAUGGAAGCACAGAUGGUAGAAGUCCAGAAGCAAACAGGCAUCACCCUCCCUUCAUAUUAUAAUCCUGCCGCCAUGAAUCCUAUGAAAUUUGCUGAACAAGAACGGAAGAAAAAGCUCCUAUGGGGCAACAAAUUUUCUAGGAAGUUCCAGAAAUUGCCCAUUACAUCAUCUCUAGAACCCGGAAAAGUAUCCCUCAUCCCCGGAAUUUUCCAGAAUAAAACACCUGAGAGUCCUCUUGGCAAUAGUAUGAGUGAAGUUGCUGAAAGUAAUCCUGUUCGCUUUCCUAAUGUUAACCCAAGUGGAUCUGGGAUGGGAGGAAUUGGGCCAGGAGUUGGUACAUGGCGGCCUGGUUUAGGGGCAGGAGCAGCAGCGGCAGCAGCAGCAGCGGCAGCAGCGGCAGCAGCAGCCGCAACAGGAGCAGGAGGUCCUGGGAAUUCCAGUGGCCAAGCUGCCUUGUGGGCUAACACCAGAUUCUCCAAUGACAGAGAUGGCAAGAUGGCUGAAAAGUUCCGCAGACUCAUGGGUGUUAAAAGUGGUGCUGAGCCUAAGCCCCCUGCAAACAAAGAACCUCCAGCUGGUGCUAGCAGUGGGAGAGAGAAUCCUGGGAUUGAGAUCCUGCAGAAGCAAGAGACCAUGUUUUCUUCGAUGGAGAGGCAGUAUGAGAUGGCAAGAAUUGCUACACAUACUCACAAAGGCUUUGGUUUGGGCUUCACUAGUCAGUCUUUUAUGCCAAAGUAAUGAUAAUACAGUAUAACUAAAUUCCCUUGAUCAUGUCAGAUUUAUAUACAUUGUUCCUGCAGUUCUUUAUUUACCCUUUGUCAUGACUAUUAACACCAUCUGCAAAUUCAGGCAUUGUAUCACCAAUAUUUAUUCAUAUUUGUCAUGCAGGAAUUUUAUACUGGGCAGUUGUUUAAUUACGGUAAUAAAGCAGGAAACAUUGCAUAAUGUGCAUUACAUGAUUGUUAUUGUGAAUAAAAGUAAUUGCAGUAUCAUGUAAGUUUUCUUAUAUAAUUACAUGGGAUAUCUUUUUGUAGUAUUGUUUUUACAUGACAGAAUCUAUGCAAUAAGUCUUGAAAGUUUUAUCAGAGGGACUUAAAUUUGCAGAGUAUAUAAUAUAAAACAUCAGUUAACAAUGAAUAUGUUUGUACAAUAGUUAUCAUUUUAAUUAUUUUGUGGACCAUUAGUGCUGCAAUGGAAUUUUAUUACCACAUAUGCAUUUGACUUUAAAAAAAAAAAUCAGACUAGGCCAUAUUAUGCUGUGGAUAAAGCUUAAAAAAAAGUGUUCCUGCAGAAGGUUCAUGCUGAAAAAAAAUCUCUUCUAGUCAUGAUUUAAUAAAAUGCAAAUUUCUGAAUAGUGCUACAAACUGCCUGGGUACUUAUUUAUGUGCAGUAUGUUCUAGGGCACAGAGUAGUUUGUUAGCAUCCAACUGAGCUAACAUAAAUUAUGAAAGUGAAAUUUAGAUAUGAAAGCAGCUGUAUCAAAAAUAUAGAAAACAUAACUGUCUGCACUGGUAGCAUAGAAAAAUAACAGCUGACUAGUUUUUCAGCAAAACUUUAAUAAAUGUUAUUUAUA